GAGCGUCAGUGAACGCCUCACAGGGCGGUCUUGUCUUGUGUUUCUGUACUCAAAGGUCCAGAGUCCACAAAAGUCCGCUCGCUUGGAAAAUGGACCUGAGACACACUGUCGUGGACGCCUUAUCCCAGAAUAAGAAAGCUGCUCUUGUGUUCGGCGGAGCUGGCGUCGCUAUUCUGGGCCUCGGUCUCGGUUAUAAAUACCUGCGAAAGCCUGAAAAAGCGGUUCGAGUAGGCGUCGUGUCGCAGCUCCUAAUUCACCCCCUAAAGUCCGGGAAAGCGGUGUCUGUUGCUCUGGCAGAAUGUCAGGAAAUCGGGUUGAAGUUCGGAGAGCUGCAGGAUCGGUGAGUUCUGCAGAAACCAUCAGAGAACUUUUAUGCACUCCUGUCAAAAGGCGUGAUUUAGGCACACGAACAGCAGGUUAAACAUGAUCCACUCUUGGAGACUUUAAGAGUUUAUGUUCCUGCAUUUCUCUAUCAUUUAUAGCAACUCACAACAUUUUGCCAGCUCUGGUAAUAAAAACAUUAACACUUCUAAAACAGGUUGGCAGUUCAGGUGUGUGUGGGUUUGCAGCCAUCUAUCUAUUUUUUAAAAAGUUAAUUACAGCUACAAGUAGUGAAAAAGUCAAUCUUCCUUCUUGGUUUUCUUUCCAGUACCAUGAUGGGGAUCAGCCUGUAGCACUGAUCAGGUGUCAUUAAAGGGACUCUGGCGUAAAAAUAAUUUAGGGUCAAACACACUGGAACACUGAGUUUGACACCCCCUUGAGAGAUGAAUGUUGCCGACCGACUCUCUUCCAGCAGCCACUUGUUUGUACGGACUACAGCGGGGUGACGCAGCUCAAGGAAGAACAUUUAACACAUGAUCAUAAAUGUUCUUCCUUGAGCUGCGACACCCCGCUGUAGUCCAUAAUGGGCUGGCCCGAGGUCUCGCUAUGAACAACCGGCUGCUGGAAGAGAGUAGGUGAGUUGUGAUUAAUCUCUUUGCUACAGAAAUCAGGCAAAGUUAAAGAGAUGUUUGGUGGCUAGUACUAUGGCUGGGAAGCAAGCACUUGGCAACAUUGAUCUCCCGAGAGGGUGUCUAACUUGGUGUUACGGUGUGUUUGACCCUAAAUUAAUUUUGUGCUGGUAUAUCCCUUUAAAACCCAGGUUGCUUUGACAGUGGUCUGUAUUAUUUUAAUAUUCCAUAGAUGCUCUAUAGAUGUCGUAGUUGAUGUUUUGGUAUUGUGGGCAGGUGCCAAGUCUUGCAGAAGAAGGGAAUCUCCACACUGAGGUCAAUCCUGUUACCUGUGGACCUUCUCCAAGCACUUUUUUAUUUUUAAUACCUGAUUAAAACGAUUGAACUUUUGAUUUGAGUUUCGAAAAUGACUCGUCUUCCCCUUUCUCUAAUAAUUAUUUAUCAUAAAGAACUAUUCUGCAGAAAGAUCUGCAAUCCUGCAGGCUUGUCAUAAGGAAUUACUCAUAUUUUAUUUAAUUGUCCAGACGAUUAUAACACAAAUCUGUGAGGUAAAACACAGAGGGGAAAUGGCAUGAUUUCCAUCCGAUGGUUAAAAAUAAACCUGAAGUAAAUCUGGGGUUUAAUGAGUCAGCUGUAACGAUGGCAACAUGUGAUGUCAUCUGUCCUGUCUCGUAUGUACACGCCUUUAUUUCUGCUUUAAAUCGCCAAGAGCUCAGUGUGCAGGUUUCGGUGUCAGAGUGUUGGAACCGGCCCAGGGAUGCCAAAUGGUGCAGAUGAGGAAAAUCCCUCCCUCUGUUUGUUUUGAUUGCAGACACUGGCUGGUGGUCACGGAGGACGGUCACAUGGUUACGGGCAGACAGGAACCUCGUCUGGUGCUGGUGUCUCUGACAUGCGAGAGAGGUCAUGUUUGUCUCAACGGCCCGAGCAUGGAGGAGCUGCGAUUCCCCGUCACACAGAACGAUAACGCCAUCAUCAACUGCAGGUUUUUACAUCAGGGUUUCUUUCUGUUAGCACAUCUCAGGACGUACCUCAAAGCUCCUGUUUCUCACUUUACUGUGAAUUUUCACAUUAAAUAGUCCCACUGAGUGAUAAAUCUUAAUACACAUGCACAAAACAAGAAAUACAAGAAAUACUGCUCAACUCUCACCUCUCUCGCCACACCCACCUCCAGUUUUUAUCUGUUUUCCAUUAUUUGCAUUUCUCGCUCUUACGCAAACUCGUAUAAACGUCUUUUCCACCUCGUGUCUUCGGGCUGCAGAGUGUUUGGAGCCGACAUUCAGGGACGGGACUGCGGCGACGAGGCAUCCGGCUGGCUGACUCGUUACCUGGAGGCAGAGAAAACCCACCGCCUGGUGCACUUCGAACACCAGAUGAGAGGCAGGAGGCCGACGGAGAGCGAUACUCAGUUCCUACAGUUUGAGGUAGACUGGACCGUCUAUCUAGAUGAGAAAGUUCUCACCUCACUCAUAAUUAAGACAAAUGUUUAAGCUGUCUCUACACUUUCUUCACUCCUUUGCCGCUUUAUUCACGUUAUAAAAGGUCGUCAUAAAAGUAGACUUUCGUACAGAGCUGUUUUAAAGCCCUGAAAGCUGAAAAUUCUCAUGUGUUUUCUUGUUUUUUUAGGUGGCCUACCCAGAUGUGGCCCCUGUGAUGCUGCUCUCCGAGUCCUCUGUGAAAGAUCUCAGCAGCAAGUUAGAGAAAGGCGUCACGGUGGAGCGUUUCCGCCCGAACAUCGUCGUCAGUGACUGUGAGGCAUUUGAAGAGGUCUGUUCUUGAGUUUUUAAUCACGAAUAAGCAUUAUUCUCUUUCUGUUUCUUUCUUUUUGGAAAUGUUAGUCACACAAUCAAGUGCUAAAAAGUCUCAAAAACAGCAGAUCCUGCUUUUCUCUGCCCGAGGGUUUUUCGUUGUUUUCCUUCCCUCCUGUUUGGAAAAAUGAUCAUUUGGUCGCUCUCUUCUGACUCAUACCUCGCCCUUUUCAGUGUGAGCAGCGUGGACUAAUUUUAUCUCCAACUCAAAAACCAACUGUUUUGCUUUUUUCAGGAUUCAUGGGAGGAGAUCCAGAUUGGCAGCGUUCGACUGCAGCGUGUAAUGUCGUGCGGACGGUAACACAGCUGACGCCUCUCACAGAAUCGAAUCAAACUCCAAAGCACUUCAUAAAUCAACUAAAAUCACUCCUUAGAUGCAACAGUUUUGAGAUUUAAUUGUUCAGUGUUGUUGUGCACGGAUGUUAACUCAUGUUUUUGUCGUUCUCAGAUGCGUUUUCACAACAGUUGACCCUGAAACAGGAAUAAUCAGCAGAAAAGAGCCUCUGGAAACGCUGAAAAGGUAAAGUUUGAACUCCAACUCUUAGGAGAUGUCGAAAGAGAUGAAUCAGGAACACUUCACAGAUGGACUCGAGUGUUUGUAGACUCAUAUUUGUUUUGAAUAAUUGACUCCUUGGUGUGUGCUGCUACCAAGGAGUAGUUUAUAGGGUGACCAUACUUCCUCUUUACCCGGACAUGUCUUCUUUUUGGGGGGCUCUCCUCUUUGUACGGGGGAGUUUGUAAAAUCCUUCAAAUAUCCACAGUUAUGUACGGAAGUUAGAAGCGCGUAGAAGACACCCCAUCUGACCUGAAAAACUCUCAGAUUUAACUUUGUGCGACUCCGUUACUCCGCCCCCUCAUAGUGUCUCUUUUUGGGGAUUCAUAAUAUGGUCACCCUAAUGUUUACCUCCACCAAGGAGGUUAUGUUUCAGUAGCGUUGGUUUGUUUGUUUGUUUGUUUGUUUGUUUGUUUGUUUGUUUGUUUGUCUUUUUGUCUGUUAACAACUUUACAGAGAAAGUUACAGACGGAUUGACCUGAAAUUUUCACCAGAGGUGCGUCUCAGCCCCAGGAGGACCCCAUUACAUUUUGGUGGUGAUCCAAAACACACAAAAAUAAGGGUGUCGUUGGAAUUUUCAAUGCUGAAAAAUAACCAAUGGGCGGCACAGUGGUGUAGACAGGCGGAACAGUGGUGUAGUGCUUGCCUCACAACCAGAAGGUCCUGGUUUCGAAUCCCGACCUGGGCAUUUCUUGUUUUAGGAACAGUGAACAUACCAGUUUAAACACUAAUAAAAGUUAAUAAAAGACACGUAACAGUAAAAGUUUUGGUGUGAAUAACAAUAUAAGGGGGGACAUGAGCUGCUUGGCGGAGGUCUGCGCUUCUCCGAGUGCUUUUCUAGUUUACAUAUGUCCUAAGCAGGCUCUAGUCCUUUCUGUCAACUUUAAUAUUUCAGUUUCAGUUGUAUCUGUGAGGAAUAUUUUCAUUUUGAAGACAGCAUCUUUCCUUAGUCCUGAUAAAACUGCGUGGAUAUCUUCAUGAGCAGGCAGUAUUUUCAGCCACGCCCACUUUUCCUUUAAUUAAUGCUGAUUGGUGCAGGAACAAACACAUUAGCUUAAAGUUUAUAACAGACACGGAGUCUGUCCGGUCCAUCUGCUCUGCAAGGUUAACCAUCUGCACCCAGAAAGCUGGACUUUGAGUUAUUUUUACUGUUUGGAAGUUGGAUACAAACCGACUCUUUCUUCAUUCUCCAAAAAAAAAACAAAAAAAACAAUCCUUGUCUUUCGAUGUUUUUCAAGCGCUGAAAUUUUCUGAGCUGUUUGUAAAAGAAAAAAAAAGCACUUUUUCUUUCCAGCUAUCGUCUGUGCGACCCAUCCGAGAAGCACAUCUACAAGUCGUCCCCGCUGUUCGGACAGCUGCACACGGUGAAGAAGACGGGCAUCCUGCAGGUCGGCGAUGUGGUCUACAAGAUCACCCGCUGAAUGAAGGAGACCAAGACCUUAACAGAUGUGAUCAAUAAUUAACAGCCGGAGCGUCUGAAUGUGGACAAUCAAAACAAUCAUGACAUCUUAUACUGACUGAGCCUGAAUCAAACAACAGUGUUAUAAUAUGACGUACAUGCUGCCUUCAAGGACAAAAUUAAAACUACCUUCAGCUUUUCUAACUUUUCUAAAUCAGGAAGAGAGGCGCCGACAGAGACAGACAUCUCCUGGUGUGUUUUGGCAAAUAUUGACUCAGUGAAAAGACACAACCGUCCCGUCUUUGUGUCUCAUGUCGGGGUAAACAUUCUCCAACCUCGUGUUUUUAUGUAUUUGGCACUGUUAUUGAGAAGAGUCCGACAAACUUAACACAGAAAGAGGGUCAGAAGUCACCGGACAGGACAAACAUGUUGAAGCAUUUGAUGGAAACAAAGAUCAAACCCGUGACCUCUCUGUUAAUGUGCAAUCUUUGCCUCCAUGUUGGUAUUUUUGUAUAUUUUCGUUUAAUGUACAGAAAGCACAGUUAUGAAUGUUUACCUCUCUGCAUGUUACUUCUUCAGUAGUUAUUUCACGCCAAGCACAUUGCCAAACAUCUUACAAGUGUUGUGAAUUUAGAUCAUAUUGGAUCAUAUCAGCUAUUUCUUAAUGAACUCAGUGCGAACACUUGCAGUUACAUGCAGCAGCCAGUAGAGAGCGACGCUGAAAUAAUUAACACAAUCAGUGCCUCUAGGGAGGAGGGAAGUCUUUCUGUGUUUCUUUCAAACUUCUUUAGCACUUGUUUUUAACUUUAAAUAUAAUUUCUGCCUUUACAUGAGUUUUAUAUUUACAGAUUUGCUUAAAUUUGAACCAGAAGAUCUGCUGCUUUAAAAGAAAAUGUCACUUAAGGAAACUCUUAAUAAAAACAUGCAAAGACAAA